CGGGGUAAAAAGGUUAUUGAUAAACGAAAAUAUAGGGUUCCAUCAUUUGUUUUCUAUGUAAUUUGCAUAGUAUUUUAUUAAAAAUCACAGUUAUCAAGGGAUAAAUAUCAACAAAGAGUAGAACAAUGCAACGCAGUCAACAGAAUUUAAAUUACUACGGAGCAAACCAAAUAAAAGAAUUUGGGAUUUUCUUAGAGGAUUUCGAUGUACAGUUACAACGCCUGAUUAACGAGACCUGCGAAGAAUCGAAAAUUCCGACUGUAGCCAUCCAAUUAGGUGCUUUGAAAGAAAAUUUAAGCUCCAUAACACUAGUGGACAGCGAUAAUAAAGUUCUGAACAAACUCUUGUAUUCGUUUAGUGCAUUGUGUCACGAAGUAUACUUAUUAAAAGACGAAUUUGAGGAAAUUACCUUACAGUUUUUAUGUUUCGAUGAAUCAUUAAACGAUUGUACAGAACAACUAAGAGAAGAUAGUGCUGUGACUGUAGAACAGUCGUCAUUGUUAGCUAUAAGCAGUAAAAUCGAAAUGUUUACCCGCAUCAAGUGUUAUUUCGAGCGAAUAUUGGAUGUAUCCGUAGUAAUCGUGUUACAAAUUGGAGCUCUUUUUGAUCCGUUGAAUCAGUUUGGUCACUUUAACCAUUGCAACUGGGACUUGCAUUUGAUGUUCGACUAUUUAUCAGAAUUGAUCUAUAUGCCACUUCUGUUUGAUACCAUCUUAGAGCAAUCGGUGUUCAAAACUUACUGGAAAUUUUACGUGAAACAAAUAAAAUCUAUCAAGUUAAAUCCGAAGAAGCUGAAUAAAACCAUAAAGAUAGACCAAAUUUAUGAUUUGAAUAAAGCAAUUGAUGAAAUAGCUGUAUGGUUUGAUGGAGUUGCUUUUAAGCGCAUUCUAGAGACCUUGUUCAAUGCUAAACAAAAACUAGUCCUGGAAUCUGCAACAGUUAUGUCAGACAAAAUGCUUAAAUAUCUUAGGCAGCGUAUUUCCGAAAUUGCUACUUACAAUGUUAAUGUUUCGAACAAUGAGGAGUCUAGCAGUGUGGUCAAACUCAAUGCGAUAGUUAAUCUAUAUCAUUAUAUUUUUGUCAGUAUUGAUAGUAAAGUUUUGAAGAAUUUAAUCGAGAUCAAUGAAAAAUUCUGUGACAUUCCUUUAAUUGGAAAAGUGAUAUGGAUACCUGACAAUUUCUUUCGUAAGUAUGGUCAUAAAACGAUCCGUGAUUGUGAUCGUAACGAUUAUCAAAAGGCUCGUAGUGCUCAUUUUAUUUACCGGAAGAAGAGUUUGACGAAAGACAUUCUUGUAUAUUGCAUUCAAAUAACUAGCUGGUUGGUACGUAUUAGUGCUGCAUUUAAAAACACCAAAGAUGAUACGACACUCGAAAUACUACGACAAAAAUGUGAACUGAUUUUCGAAGGCUUGCAGUAUGCACAAGAAAUCAGCUUUCUUGUACAAUCAAUCACGUCGCUACAUUUAUUUUUACAUGAAUCGAUCAGCGAACAAAUAUUUCAAUCCGUUGGCAAGCUUCUAGAGUAUUUGCAGUGCAUUUACAACUUUUUCGGAUGCAAUCAAAAAACUAUCGCUGAAGCUACUCAAUUUAUAAUCCAACACCUUCAGCAUAAAAUAUUUGUUAUAGUAGUGAAUUCUAAGAAAAAACUUAUUAAUGAGACUAAACAAGCAAAGCUAAAAAAGAACGAAGUAUUCAUCGAUAAAUUAUCGGCUUUCCAUGUAAUUGAACGAUGCAUGAGUGGUCCAGCAAAUCGAACGCGAUUGACCAUCGCUAGAUUAGCCAUUGCAAUCAGCGAUCCUCGGCAAUCGUUUGCGCCAGAAAGUUAUGAUAAGCUACGCAUCCUGCUCGAACAGUUAGAUACACUGUCCAGUUUACAAAUAAAACUUUUGCGUUUAUGCGAUAACCAGUUCCUUUACUGGCAUCAACUGUUUUUUACACUUUACGUUGAGGACUAUUAUAAACAAAGUCCAUCACAAAAUAAUCUAAAAUUUCUAGUUCAGUCUGCAUCGAUUUGUUGUGAUAGCAUAGCGGAAGUGUUAUCAAACGAAAGUGAUCAAAAUACAGUCGCUCAAAUAGGAAAAACUCAACGCAAAACUUUUAACAAAAGACUCCUAGAACAGAUCAGCAAUCACAUUGAAACCUUCAUUCGUCUUGAUUACUACGGUAAAACUACGCAGAUCGAAGCCUAUAAUCCGUUUACAGAUACCAAAAUGACUUUGAACAAUAUUCAUUCUAUGAUUCGAAUGGACCCUUUUCUCAUCGGCGGCCAGUAUCUAUGCGCGGAAGAGCACGUGAAGCAUUACCUUAGUAGCACGUAUUACACAUUAGCUUCGAUUGCUCAGCACGAUUGGAAAAUAUAUAAAGAAAUGCGUUGUCAAGCUGAUAGUUACCAUGUUGGAACCAUCGAAGAUCAGCUCCCGAAACAAACCUUAGAGCAAGGGUUAGAUGUAUUAGAGAUUAUGCACAAUAUAGAGCACUUUGUCAGCCACUAUGUGUACAAUUUGAACUUUCAAAUAUUCAUCGAGCAAACAAGUGGAAAUCAUUUUUUAAAUACGGUUAACAUUGCUCACAUCGCGAAUUCCUUACGAAGGCAUGGCACAGGAAUCAUAAAUACUACGGUUAACUAUACUUUCCAGUUUUUGCGACAAAAAUUCUUCACCUUUUCCCAUUUCCUGUAUGAUGAACAGAUCAAAGCAAGGCUAACUAGCGACGCGAAAUAUUUUCUAGAAAAUGCAGAAGCACUUAAUCAAACAUACGAUUUUGAUAGAGCGCAUGCAUUUAAUCGAAAAAUUAAGAACCUCGGUCUCUCUGAAGCUGGAGAAACUUAUAUGGAUCUUUUUCGUAAGCUGGUUUGUCACAUUGGAAACGCAAUGGGAUAUGUCCGAAUGAUUCGUUCAGGCGCAUUACAUGAAUGUACUGAGGCUACAGUUUAUCUACCAGUCAUUGAUGGUAAUCUCAAUUUCGUAAAAUUUGCUAAAGAGGAAUCUUUAAACGAGGAAACUGCUUGUGCCGCCGAGAUUCUGGAGAACGACAUAAAUAGCUUGUGUAAAAAUUAUCGAAUUGAUACAAACUAUUUUCGUUUGCUUGUGAAUGCAUUCCUCAGUCUACGUCAUGCGGAAAAUAUUCAUUUGCAUAACUUUUAUAUGAUAAUUCCACCGCUAACGAUAAAUUUUGUGGAAUACAUUUUGAAGGCGAAAGAAAAGAUUGCAAAAAAAGACAAAGUUGGUGCAUUAUUCACAGAUGAUGGAUUCGCUAUGGGUAUUGCAUAUAUUUUGAAAUUGCUCGAUCAAACUAGCAAAUUUAAUUCAUUGCAUUGGUUCCGAUCAGUUAAAAACAAAUACAAUCAUGAACUUGAGAAAUUAGAUGCUCAGCAGCAGUACACGGUGAAAGUGAAUGAUGGUGAUAAGUUAAUGCAAACAUAUGCACUAACUAGACGUCGUCUUAAAAUGGUGCAACAAGAGUUCGAUUUGCUUUUUUGUAGUUUAAGUAGUGCAAAAAUUUUUUAUAACGAUGCAAUUAGUUAAUAAGGCGUUGUAUGAUACCUAAUUCAAAAACAAGAAAUGUUUUUGAGAAGUUUUGAAA